AUGGCAGAGGAUCUGUUUGCUAAGAAGCUUCCCGUUAUUAUGAGAUGCUCGGAUCGGGACGAGAGGAAAGUCCAUCUUCAUUUCAAGAUGGAGAUUGUCCAUGUAAUGGACCCGAUCCAGAAAAAGGAGCUAAUGAUACGGUUAACAAAUGAAAAAGAUUUGUUUUUCCUGUACACAUUGAAGUUAGGAGAAGAGGAUUUCCAGUACCUGAAAACUCAGCAGGGCCUUUUGGUUGAUUUCAGUGCCUUCCCCCAAAAGGUGGUAGAUUUAUUGAAUAUGUGUUUGUUGGAAGAAGGAAAAGAUCUUCCAAAGUUUAUUCUACAGUUUGUGGGUCAAGGAGGAAACAAUAGUGAUCAUUGUGUUCAUGUUCUGAACAUUGUGGAAACAAAUCCUUUCAAGCAUCUGAUCCACUUGUCUUUAAAAUUUAUCCCGGGACAAGACAGUGACAUCAAGAAGUACCUUGCAGAUUGUUUGAAGCAGUUGAAAGAGACAAAUGAACUCUUGCAUCAACGCUUGGAACACACAAAUGAAGACCUCACCCAACGUCUGCAACAAACUCAGGAAUCACUCACAUCAAAAUGUUCAGAACUGGAAACAUUAAAAUCGCAGUGGUCAUCCAAAAUAAAUGAAAUGAAGAGUGCUCACAAGGAGGAACUUGCCUUGGAAAAAGAGAAAGCACUUGAGGUGAAAAGUAGCUGUCAAUCAAAACUUGAACAUGACCGCAAAGAAUUGGAACAGUCUCAUCUGAGAAUUGUUAAGCAGAUGGAAGCUAAGCUUUAUGAUUUAGAGAAUACAAAUAAGGAAUUGCAAGAAAAGAAAUAUAAACUAGAAUCUAACCACCGUGAGAUGCGAUCACGAAUCUCAUCACAGGAGGAGGAAUUGCAACAUCUGAAACAGGAAGUGCAGGCACUGCGUAAGCAGAAUUCAGCUAUGGAUGCUGACCUCCAUGAGCAGGAGAAGAUCAUCAACCAGCAACGAACAAGGAUUGCAGUUCUAGAACAGGAAGUCAAAGACAAAGAGCAAGUUUUGGCAAGAUCUUCAGAUUUGCUUGACUCGGAGCAGGACCAGAAAAGAAAAUAUGAAGAGGAGAUUGACGUAAAACAAAAAGAAAUCGUAAAACUGGAAAACAAAGUGAAAGUGAUGUCUGUUGAAGUAAAGAAAGGGAAUGAAAUCAUUCGCAAAUUGCAAGGAGACAAUAAAAAUUAUCAUGCCAAAGUGAAAUUACGCAGCCAGAUUGCAGCUGAACAAGAGAAAAUUCUUUCAGAGAAGGAUCAAGUCAUAGAGAAAAUGCAGAAUGAAAUUUCUUCUAUGAAAGAAAAUCUCAAACAAAAGGAAGAGGAGAACCAGAAACUCUGUGAAAACUUGGAAAACACCAGGAAAAAGCUUGAAGAAAGUCGAGAAUUGCUGAAAACUAAUGAAAAUGUGAUUCAAUGGUUGAAUAAACAGGUGAAUGAAGUUCAACUGAGUGGCACUCGAACUGGUAUGAAUGAGUUGGGUCAUCAUAUCAAUGGCACCACAGCAGCAGUCAAUUUCAGAAACCAUUCUGCAGUUUCAGUGCCUGUUCCACCAUUCAUUCCUUCAAGUUUUGGGCAAAAUUCAAGAUUUUCACAUCCAGAGGGAAAUUCUGUAAAUUCACAUUUGCCAUUACACAAGGCACAAAACAAUGGAGUUAAAUUUCAGGUUCAAUAUAAUCCUGCCAUUUCUCGAAAGCCAGUCAUUUCACAGACAUCUCCUGCAGCUGGAAACCGACAUAUUUCUCCAAUUGCCGAAGUGUCUCGGCCUCCAUGCUUACCUGGUGGACACGGUGAAGAGGUUUCUCCGAUGUCUGCCUCUUCAGGAACUGGAUCAGCUACAGAUAUGGAAAAUGACUCUUCCAUGGAUGGCCACAGUGCUGCCAAAAAGACAGAAGCUGUUUCCAAACGAGGGGUGGCUACUGUGGGCAAUCCCUUGACUUCCAACAAGAACUAUGCAAUACCGUUUCUCCCAGUUCCAAUAACUACUUCGUCCAGACUUCCUGCUCAUCUCAGUUCCAGACCUACUCAACCACCUCUGGCCUCUGUCUAUUUCCCUGUUAAAUCUAAACCCUCUUGA